UAGAUAUUUAGAAAUUUUGAUGAAAUGUAACGUCUAAAUUUUUCAAGUAAAAAAUAAAAAUGUCUUGUGUCAUUGCUCACAAAGAGAAGAAACGAAUAAGUUCAAUGCCUCCACCGUGUUAUCAUCGCAAACAAUUUUGUUGUAUAAGCAAUGACUGUUUAUUCUCAAAACCAAGACUUCCUAAAUAUUGUCAUUACCCACCUUCGUGCCCACCAUUGAUGUGUAGACCAAGACCAGAGCCGCCGCCAAAACCACCUACUAUAUGUAUCGCUGGACCUUGUCCACAACGAUUAUAUUCAAAAUCAUACUGUCGUCCGUCAGCACCAAAAAUAGUGCCACCAUCCUCCUGCGUUCAAUUUUGCAUCCAAUACACGAAUAAAGGAUCCAGUUACUACCCUUGCUACUGGUCUAAUUUACCAAAAUGUCUUAGCAUCUGUCAAGAAUGUUAGGAUCAUCUAACAGUACGCUUGAUAAUACAGAAUCGAGAAUAUAAA